AAAGGAGGUGAAGAAGACGAAGCGGCAAAGUGGUGGGGGAGUUGUCCAUCAGACUUCCAGGUUGAUGAAGAUUUUUUGAUCUCUAUUUGGUCUGAGGAACAUUCACUGUGACAUCAUGCUGCUGGUAUUGUCCGAGGAACAUAAGGAACACCUCAACUUCCUCAACAAGGUGGACGCGGCAGUGGUUGGAGAGUUUGGGCGCAUCGCACUGGAAUUCAUCAUGAGAGGAACCAGCCCCAAAGUCUACGAGGGAGCCGCAAGGAAGCUGUCGGUGCCUGUGGAAGUGGUGCGGCACGGCGUGGAGGGACUCAUGUACCUCAUGACCCAGAGCUCCAAACACAUGUUGUCUGAGGUGGACUUUGUGGACUCAGUGUUGUCAUUAGAGUUUGGUGAUGAGCUCAACCAGCGCCUCCUACAGAUGUACCAGCAGCACCGUAGCGAGAUCCGCAGCAUCUUGAGUCUGGUGUCCACCAGCUUGCCUGCUUACCACAACCUGGAGUGGAGGCUCGAUGUACAGUUGGCCAGUCGCUCCCUACGCCAGCAGGUGGCCCCCACUUUGGCCACCAAGCUGCACCUGACACACGGGCGCGGUUCUGGCACGGAGCAGAGCUGCCGGGUUCUCCACAUGGAUCUGGGGACCCUCCUGCACCUUAUCUCCAUCCUGGAGGGGGCGCUAAGCACCUUGAAGAGCACGCAUGCGCGUCGCAUUUUGCGAAACAUCAAAUGACGACUCGCACACGCUACAACGGCGUCCAGAUGCGAGUAGUGCCCUCAAUUAAUACGUACUAGUACACUAUUUUUUCCUCACUUUUAAACCCAGAAGAAUAACUGUGCCUUACUAGUGAUAUUUUUCCACAACUCGCGCCCCUUUUGUCGUACUAGUACAUGGACCAAACUGAUUUGUAUGAUGGCACAUCACAUUCAUAUCGUUAGCCAAAGAGUAUAAUCACUGAUUAUGUAAUUUUUGGAAGUUUCCACAAAACAAGGAAAAAAAAACCGCAAAAAAACUGAACUCACAAGAAGAAGAGUGCAGUCGGCUCGAUUCGACCCUCAAUCCUAUGAGGCGGACAAUAACCGAACUUUUCAUUGGCCCAAGCCAAUGCAGGGAGGAGGAGUCACUGGCACCCGUGUUGACAACAAGUGGAUUUUCAUGAUAGGGCAUCAUUUUUUGCAUAUUAAUGUGUGUACCCCUAAACCGCGACUCGUGGGAAGUGGAGUUCUGCACGCAAUAUUUCUUAAAUGUGUUAAAAAGAUGACGAUGCCAAUCGCCUUCACCUUACCCCUUCUGUCAUUAAACGCUGACUUUUUUUCUGUUUGACUAAUUUUAACUUGUGCGACUGAAAAUGUGAUGUUAAACUUGCUUGUACACUUGUUAACAAAGGUUGUGUAAUGUCACAGUCCUGGAAUAAAUGACUAUUUACAAUUCCUA